CCAAAGUUACGAAAAACCCAAGGAGGGAAGCAAGAGAAAAAAGUUAUCCAUCCUUACAGCAGAAAAGCCGCACAGCUUGCAAGGGAAGCACAUAAACAGGAAAAGAAAGAAAAGUUGAAGACUGAUAAAGCUUUGCGUUUGAGCAUCAUUGGAGAAAAACUGCAAUGGUUUCAAAGUCACCUUGACCCCAAUAAAAUUGAAUACACAAAGAAGGAAGCUGGUGAACUAAUUGAAAAUUAUAUGUGUCGAUUCAAUGCGGAAUUGGAGCAGAUUGAAUUACAAAACAGUAUUAAAGGUAGACAAGGAAGACAGCAUGGUUCACGGGAAACUGUCAUCAAGCAGACCAUAGAACGUGAAAGACAACUCUAUGAAGGCUAUGGAAUAG